CCCGACAGCGGCUCCGCAGGUCUCCUUUCGUCCCCGUGGCCGGACGCGUUUGCCCCUCUGCGCUCUCGGGCAGCGGCCGUGGGGGAAGCCAGCAUGGCGGAGAGCCCGGGGCGGCCUCAUGCCCCACCGCAGGAGGGGAGCGACCUCCCGCAGGAAGGUGGCGAUGAGGAAGCGGCGACAGGAGAUACGCAGCCCGGGGUGUCCCCCGAGGGGACGACGGAGCCUCCGCAACGGUGCCCGGCCACCGAGGCGCUGCGACAGAGCGGGGAGGCCGCGGCUGGGCAGGAGCCGGACGCGGCGGCGGUGCCCGCCAGGGGUAGCGGCGGGACACGGAGCGACUGUCCCGAGGGGACGGCGGAGACCCCGGGUGGGCCGGGUGCGGGGCAGCAGGCUCCAGCGGCGGCUGAGCUGCGAGACCCCGUCGGAGGCAGCCCUAGAGGCGAGGGUUUGCUAGGAGGGGAGCCGGUGCGGGCGGCCAUGGGGGCAGAUCUCGAGGACGCGGCGGACGCCUCAACGGGGCCGGAGCCCGAGGAGGCAGCCCCAGCGGGGACAGUGUCUGAAGAGGCGAAGGCGGUCUCGACGAGAACAGACCCGAAGGAGGUAGCUCUGGCAGAGACAGACCCCGAAGAGGCGGCCGCCACAGCCCCGGCGGGGGCAGACCCCGAAGAAACAGCGACCACAGCCCCAGCGGGAACGGAUCCCGAGAAAGCGGCGGCCACAGCCACAGCGCGAACAGACCCCGAAGAGGUGGCGGCGGAGGCCACAGCCCCGGCUGGAACACACCCCGAAGAGGCGGCGGCGACAGCCUCAGCGGGAACAGACCCCGAAGAGGUGGCGGCGGAGGUCACAGCCCCGGCCGGAACAGACCCCGAGGCGGCAGUCGGUGAGGAAGCACCGUCGGGGACAGACCUCGAAGAGGCGGAGGCGAUAGACACCGAAGAGCCGCUAAGGCAGAGAGUCUCAGAGGGGACAGAUCUUGAGGAGGCUGCGGCGACAGCCCCAGCGGAAACAGCCCCUGAAGAUACGGUGCGGAAUGUCGCCCCAGCGGGGAUAGUCCCCGAAGAUGCGGUGCAGGAGGUAGCCCCUACGGAGACAAUCCCCGCAGACACGGUGCAGGAGAUAGCUCCUGCGGAGACAGUCCCCGAGAAUGCAAUGUGGGAGACUGUCCCGUCGGAGACAGUCUGCGAGGAGGCGUCGGCUCCGGCAGAGAGUGCGACUGCUCCCGAGAGCCGAGAGGAAGCGGAGGCGGUGGUACCGGCCGGAGGGGAGGCCGACGGCGGACGCCGGUCACCGGUGCUCCCCGACGGCGAGGAAGAAGCGAAGACUUCAGGGACGGAGUGGGAACCUGCAGCCCCGGCAGUGUCAGAAGCGGGGAUCGCGGUCUCAGGGCCAGGGGAAGACGACGUGUCAGCAGUGGGACAGCCAUGCGAGUACCUGGCCCCCGAGGGCAGCGAGUGGGAUGGGUCAGGUAGGAGUCUGAAUGGUUUGCGGAGCCGGGCUGAGGACGUGGAGGACGAGACCGGCUCGCCCGCCGCCGUGGAGGAGGAAGAGGAGGCUGAGGAGAAGCAGGAACAUGACAUUUCCCUCUUUGUCAAGGCUGGCAGCGAUGGGGAAAGUAUUGGAAAUUGCCCAUUCUCUCAACGUCUCUUUAUGAUUCUGUGGCUAAAAGGUGUCAUAUUUAAUGUCACAACUGUGGAUUUGAAAAGAAAGCCUGCUGACCUGCAGAACCUUGCCCCAGGAACAAACCCCCCCUUCAUGACUUUUGAUGGCGAAGUGAAAACCGACGUCAAUAAGAUUGAGGAGUUCUUGGAAGAAAAGCUGUCACCACCUCGGUAUCCUAAACUUGCACCGAACCACCCCGAGUCUAACUCUGCAGGAAAUGAUGUGUUUGCAAAAUUCUCUGCAUUCAUAAAGAACCCAAGAAAAGAUGCUAAUGAAAAUUUGGAAAAAUCUUUGCUUAAAGCCCUGAGGAAGCUGGACAACUAUUUAAAUAGCCCCUUGCCUGAUGAAAUUGAUGCUUACAGCACUGAGGAGAUCACUGUUUCCAGCCGGAAGUUCCUGGAUGGAGAUGAGCUCACCUUAGCGGAUUGCAACCUCCUACCAAAGCUCCAUAUAAUCAAGGUUGUUGCAAAAAAAUACAGAAAUUUUGAUUUUCCACCUGAAAUGACAGGGAUUUCCAGGUACUUGAACAAUGCAUAUGCAAGAGACGAAUUUACAAACACUUGUCCAGCUGAUCAAGAAAUUGAGUAUGCCUAUUUGGAUGUUGCAAAGAGAAUGAAGUAAACACAAGUUGCCUCCAUUCCUUAUUGCUUCUGAGAUUUAGGUGGGCGCCAGCCAAGAUGGAAAGAACCACAGCAUACGUUCUGCAGUGUAAUUUUAAGUUCUGCUAUUGGCCAAUCUUUCUUAUACAAUGAUUGUAUAGCAUUAUUUGCUCAUUCUUAAAUUAUGUAUGUAUAUGUUUGUCUGUACAGAUGUCUGCACACAUGAAUGUCUCUUCUGCAUUCCAAGUUAAAGGCAUCAGUCAAUAUUAAAGCAUUUGUUGAAGUUAGGGACAACAGUGUAGGUCACACAAUUAUAGCAAUAUUACAGACUAGUGACUUAUGCUAAGCUGCUGAAUUUUGAGAAGUAGCCGCCCUGUUUGUAGCACACAUUUAACCUGUUAUUCUUGCUGCCUCUGAUCUCUCUUUCACAACUGUUGCCAAACUUCACAGUUAGAGUGGUGUUUGUCAUUUCUCUGCAAACCUCGGAGGGCUACAAGCCAGCAGUGGUCCCACGAAGCAGCCUGGUUAACCCAGGAGGGAAGUUAACCUGCAUGUGGGACCUCAUUUGACCUCCCAGAAGCCCUCUCCUAUGUGCUAGAGACCUGCAGGGCAGGUCAACAAAAAAACAACUUCUUUUCACAUUGCAUGAGUCUUCUUUGGUAUUAAAAAUAAAUAAAUAUAUCCUGCCUUCUCCUCUCUCAAGGCUGCAUAACCCAUCGAAAUUCCCUUUCCCCUGUGGGCUAUGUGAUAAUGGAUAUUUGCCUAGGGAGGAGGGAAAGACUUGGUUGUCGCUGUAGACAGAAGAAGUGAGUGAACAUCUGUCCCUAACUACUGAUGUAGGAUUUCUUUGUCAUUCUUCCAUGACUCUCAUUUGGAAAGCAAAGAGGAGAGGAUCUAAGAAAGAAACGGUCCUUCUAUACUUUUGUUGUUGUUAAACUCCAGCAUAUUGGCUUUCCCAGGGCAGCUGUUGGGACUUAAUUCAUUGCUGAGAGCUUUACAGGCAGGUAUCUAUUUGAAACAGCACAGACCUAGGUCCUGCUGUAGGCAAGGGAUGGAUUAGGUGAACCCCUCCAGCGUUGCAUGAGCCUUGUGCCCAAGGCAGUCAGCAGUGGUAAGAAACAUCCUCUGGCCUGGCGUCAGGGAGCUCACCAUUAGACACGGAUGGACUACAAAAAGCACCAUCCACAUCUGCUUUCUGCUGAGCAGGCUCUCAGUGAGCACAGAGGAGUAGAGGGUGCAAUGCUUUAGUCAUAAGGUCACCUGGAAGUUUCCUUCCCAUAGCUUUUGCCUGCCUGUACAAAAUAGAUGUGAAAAUGGCUAAAAAUAGCCUUUCCAGCACCUAUAUCCACCAAAAAGACUCUUAGAGCCAUUGAUCCUUGCCCGUGUCAAACGUGCGCUUGCUUUCUAACAAAGCACUACUUAACAGCAAUAGUCACUGUCAGAUACGUUGUGUCUGUGGUGUCUUACUCUUGCAGCCUACACAGUUCUGAUGCAAAAGUGCUGUCACUAUUGUUUGUAAGCAGUGCUGGAUACGGAAUUUUAGUUUGCCUUUAGAGAAAAUGGACACAAUACCUUUCCCCUCCCACCCUCAACUGUGAACUGCCAUGUUGGAGUUGAUAACUGAGCAAGUCACUCAUCACAUAUUA